AUGCCUGUGCCUCCCCCUCCAGCUCCCCCUCCACCCCCAACACUGGCCUUGGCAAAUACUGAAAAGCCAUCCCUAAGCAGGUCAGAACAAGCAGGGCGAAAUGCUCUACUAUCUGAUAUUACCAAAGGGAAAAAGCUGAAGAAGACUGUUACUAAUGACAGAAGUGCUCCAAUUCUAGACAAACCCAAAGGACCUGGUGGAGCUGGUGGAGGUGGCUUUGGAGGAGGUGGAGGUGGCAGCGGCGGGGGGGUUGGUGGUGGUUCGAACUUUGGUGGUGGGUGACCACCUGUCCUUGGAGGCCUUUUUCAAGCAGUAAUGCCAAAGCUCAGAUCUGCUGCGAGUAGAGAUGCUGGUUUUAUGAGGGAAAAGCCCCCUGCCACCACCUCCUCCCAUAAGCAGGAACGGGAGCACUUCCAGGGCUUUGCCCGCGACUCACCAGAGGACCUUCCGGGCAGGGCGGGGCCCCCAGAGGCGAUGGUGAGCCGUCCUCCCAGUCGUUUGCCUUUGAGAGAGACCAUGUAG